AAUACCGAACGCGAAUCUUUGUCCAACAACCAAUCAACCAGGCGUGGCACGCAAUUCGAUGCUCUACACGGCUACCUUGCCCGCCAAUGGCGGCUUUCUAGGCAUCUUCCGUUUAUGCAAAUGAGCCUAGAAAGUGAAACUGAUGGAGCAUUUGGGAACUGCGCAUGCGUCCUGGCAGUCGCCCCAAGAUUAAGGCGCGAUUCGGCUGCAGGACUUCGAGAGGAGCGGUGCCGGUUUUGGGAAGAAGAGGGGACCGGGGGAGGGGGGUAGAAGGGCCACACGCUUGGCGAUUUGCCCAACGGUAAUUUCGACAGAAUCUUUCCAAGUGAAAAUCUGAGUGAGGUACUGGUGCUCCUACCUCCUCCAAAAUCUGAAGAAAAUUACUUGAAAUUACACUGCUGAGAUUGAAUUUUUUACAGAUUUCAGGAGCAAUUCUCUUGGGGAGUAUGACUUGGGGGAUGCUACCACAUCCUUCCAAGUUAUGGCAAAAAGAAAAGAACGCCGUUUUUCAACGCCAGUAUCCCACAAAAGAGCUAGGCAAGAAUUCCAGGAUAGCUCUGAUGGUGACCUUAGUGACGAAUGCUCAAAGCUAAUGAAUGACAAUAAUUCUGAUUCGCAAUUGGUCUCAGGCGAUGUUGGAAUAAUUGAAAGUAUCCAGCUGAAGAACUUUAUGUGCCACUCUAUGUUGGGGCCAUUCAAGUUUGGAUCCAAUGUCAAUUUUGUAGUUGGAAACAAUGGAAGUGGGAAAAGUGCUGUACUAACUGCCCUGAUUGUAGGCCUUGGAGGAAAAGCCACAGUGACAAACCGAGGAUCAUCCUUGAAAGUAUUUGUGAAAGAUGGACAGAGUUCUGCAGAUGUUUCAAUCACUCUGCGAAAUCGAGGUGAAGAUGCAUUUAAACCAGAGCAAUAUGGUGACUGUAUUACUAUAAAUCAGCACAUAACCUCGGAAGGACAUCGUAGUUACAAGCUGAAAAGCAAUACAGGAAUCUUAAUUUCUUCCAAAAAAGAAGAACUCACUGCAAUCCUGGAUCACUUUAAUAUCCAGGUAGAUAAUCCCGUCUCUGUACUCACCCAGGAAAUGAGCAAACAGUUUUUACAGUCUAAAAAUGAAGGUGACAAAUACAAGUUUUUUAUGAAAGCAACUCAACUGGAGCAGAUGAAAGACGAUUAUUCAUACAUCAUGGAAACUAAACAAAGAACAUCUGAUCAAGUUGAACAAGGAGGAGAGUUUCUUGAAGAACUUAGAAAGCAAUAUUUGGAGAAAGAGGAACGUUACAGAAGUAUUGCAGCUUUGAGUGAAAUGCAGAAUGAGCUACAGGAAUUGCAACGUCAAAUAGCUUGGGCGAUGGUACGAGACACUGAAAAAGAAAUAAAAGCAAUCAGAGUUGAGGUUACUGCCCAAGAAGCAAAAACUGAUAAAUUCAUUGAGCGAGUGAAAGAAUGGCAGAAUAAAGUUGAUACAUCAGAAGUUAAACAUAGAACUAUGCAAGACGAGCUAGAGAAAAUAACCGAAGAAGCUCAAACUCUAGAACCAUUAUGUAUUGUUUUGAAAACAGAAGUGCACGCAAAAAGAAAAGGACACAAUGAUGCAGAGGCAGCACAUAAUAGGUCUCAAGCUGAACUGAAGCGUUUGUUAAAAGAUCAUGAACAACUGUACAAAAAAGUUGAAGAACUAAAAAAUAGUGCUGAACAGAUUUCAGAACCUGAUAAAGUGGAAAAACAAAAAACAAUAGACCAUUUGAAAGAAAAGCUAAAGACACUACAGGAUCAAGAUGAAUCCAUUGAUCAGCAGAUAACACAGUUUCAACAGGCUGUACGUUCAUAUGAUGAAAAUUUUACUCGACUUAGAAAGGAAGAAAAUGAAGUGAAAAGAAAGCUAGAUUCUCAACAACAACAGCUAAGACAACUAAAGGAGAGUAAAACCAAUCGUAUGAAAAGAUUUGGGUCAUAUAUGCCAGACCUUUGUGAAGCAAUUGAUGCGGCCAAUGCUCAAGCACAAUUUACAUUCAAACCAGUAGGACCACUAGGUGCUUUUAUUCAUCUGAAAGAUCCUGAACUUACAGUGGCUGUGGAAGCAUGCUUAAAAAACCUGUUGCUUGCGUUUUGUUGUGACAAUCAUAAAGAUGAAAGAGUUUUACAGGCAUUGAUGUCCAAAUGCUGUCAAGCUGGUUUUCGACCUCCGAUUAUUGUUACUCGUUUUCAGAACAAUGUUUAUGAUGUAAAGUCAAGGGCUGUUUUUCACCCUAACUUCCCAACAGUUUUGACGGCAUUAGACAUUGACAAUCCAGUAGUAGCCAAUUGCUUAAUAGACAUGAGGAGCAUAGAGACUGUCCUACUGAUUAAAAGUAAUUAUGAAGCUCGAAGAGUUAUGCAGCACAACAAGCCUCCUAAAUAUUGUAAGGAAGCUUUUACUGCUGAUGGAGAUCAGGUGUUUGAGGAAAGAUACUACUCUUCUGAAAAUAGAGGGCCUAGGUUUCUCAGCAGAGAUGUAGAAGCAGACAUAAGUAAUUUGGAGAGAGAAGUUGAAAACCGAAAAACUCAUAUCUUGGCAAUACAACAACGAAUAAGUUCUACUGAAAUUGACAUAAAACAGAACAAACGCUAUCUGACUGAUCAUCAGCAGCACAAAAAAGAACUGCAGAUAACAAUGAGAAAAACAAAAUUAGAAAUUACAGACCUUGAAAACGUAGAAGAAUCAGUGGUCAUCUCUACAUUAGAAGAAGAAAUUAAUGAUAACCAACAGAAGAUAGAAACUGUUAAAGAACGAAUAAAUAAGCAGAAGGCGAAACUGGAGGAAUUGAAAUGCCUUUUGCAAGAAGAAGAACAAAAAUGUGCAGCCAUUAAAGAGAAAAUUAAUCAAGUACAAGAAGAAGCAGCUGCAAUCAAGGAUGGAUUACAUCAGGCAGAGGAUGAACUGGAGAGAAGUAAAAACAAUCUAAAGCAUUACGAAGAAAAAGAAAGGCUCCAUUUGGAAUCCAUAAAAGCAUUUAAACAUAACAUAGCUACAAAAGAAAGAGAAUUAGAGGAAAUGAUUGUAAAGGCUUCAAAGAUCCAUCCAGAGCGAUUAGAAAUAACUAGGACUUAUAAAAGUCUUGAUACAGAAAUGAAUCGUUUGAGACAAAAAAUAAAUUCAGAAAGAGAACGUACUGGAGAUAGAGAAGAAAUAAUAAGACAACUUCAGGAAGCAAAAGAAAAAUACCAGAGUGCAGAAAGCAAAAGCAAAAAUUUGAAGAAAUUCAUUAAACUAUUGGAUGAGAUGAUGGUUCAGAGACAUAAAACAUAUCUGCAUUUUAGAAGGUUUCUUACUAUGCGAUGCAAAUAUUACUUCGACUCUUUGUUAAAUCAGCGGUCGUAUUCUGGAAAAAUAGAGUUUGACCACAAGAAUGAAAGACUUUCAAUUACGGUGCAGCCUGGAAAUGGAAACAAAGCUGCUCUUGAUGACAUGAAAUCUCUCUCUGGAGGUGAACGUUCCUUCUCCACUUGCUGCUUCAUCCUCUCUUUGUGGUCUAUUGCUGAAUCUCCUUUCAGAUGCUUGGAUGAAUUUGAUGUAUUUAUGGACAUGGUUAACAGGAGAAUUGCAAUGGACAUGAUGCUUAAGAUGGCAGACUCCCAACGUUAUCGGCAGUUUAUUCUGCUCACUCCUCAGAACAUGAGUUCGUUGCCUACAAGUAGUCUUAUCCGAAUCCUUCGAAUGGAAGACCCCGAGAGGGGACAAAAGACGCUGAAUUUCAGUCAUACAAAUGAAGAAGAUGAAGAUGGAGAAUGAGAACAUCUAAUCUGUUGUCACUAACUUGUUUUUUAAUAUUGAAGACACACAAGCUAUGUUCACUGCUGGUAAAAUCAGUGAAAGAGAGCCUUUUUCUUUUUUGAAAUUUACUCGUGGCCUUCAUACUUGUCUCUAUAGCAGGCCUUUAAUGGCAUCCAACACAUUUGAAUUUUAUGCUCAGAUUUUGUAAGCCUUUUGGUGCUAGAAUUGUAGCAGUCACUAUGUUCUUUCUUCUACUCUGUUCCUAUGAAUUAACAUUUACUGUAUAUUUCCUGCCAGAGUUUGCUAUUAAUAAUAUAUUUGCUGAAUGUGGGAAAUGUUUCUUAUUUUUUAUUGUUCCCAAGAGAGAGGUAAAUAUAAAUGACAGAAGAUGAAUAAAUUUUUUAUGGUAUGCUUACCUGAUUUUACAAUAUUUUUAAAUGUUAUAAUAGCAGGUGAAAAACUAAACCCUUUAUCAGAAGUCCCCUAACAACAUUUCUGUCUAAAUUUGUAUUGUUUCCUUCAUCAUUACAAUAUACAUUGUUAAACCACUUUAUUGUUUGUUACUGUCUUUCAAAUGCUUCUGUUAUCCAUUUAGUUCCUGUGGCAAAUAAAACUUCAAUUGAUGGUCGGA